AUGGACGCGUGGGGUAAGACUCAGGAGAACAUUUUGCAGAUUAUCAGGCAGUUUGGGUUGUUGAUGGUCAAGGAGUGCCCACAAUCAAUCUUGCCAAAUCAGGUUCCUAUGAAGGUUCUUUGCAAGGGAAAAACAUUGUCAGUUCAGUUGUUGUUAGAUGAUCCCCUCUCGCUUGUUUCUGCUGCUCUUGGUUACAAACGUGGUCUUAAUGCACAAAUGUCUGGUUCUUCUACAUGUUUUCGAGCUUGCCGGUCGAAACUGUUUCGUUUCGAGUAUUCUCUAAUCAGAUUAAGGAAGAAGAUGGGUUGGCUCUGCUGUUCGGGAGGGCUUGCCCUGGGAUCCUUGUCGUCUUCAAAUCAAGAAAACUUUGCUUGCCAUGAAGAGGAGAAGAAGCAGCAGCCACCCAAGAUACAAUCUGCUGGGAUGGGAAAUAAGCGGAGCAGGAAGACGGCGCCGGAGAUUGCGGGUGAGGGCGGGAAGGAUGGUAGACCGCCGCCGUCGGCCGCCAAGGAGACUGCAUUGUCUGACAAGGGCAAAUCUAAGGCAUCAGAAAAAGACCUAUCUUCCAACGAAAUCUAUAAAUCAGAAUCAACUAAGUAUCCAGAGACUUCAAAUACCCCCAAAACAGCAUUUUCCCGCAUCAGGUCCUGUAUUGCUGCCAAAGAAACUAGGACUGUAGAGAUCCUGGCCUUUGAGGUUGCCAACACAAUUGCAAAGGGCUCCAAUCUGAUGAAAUUCCUCUCUGAACAAAGCUUGAGGCAUCUGAAAUCUGCGGUGCUUCAGUCCCAAGGAGUCCAGUGCUUGGUUUCAGAUGAUUGCGGCAAGCUGCUUGCUCUUGUCGGAGCCGACAAAAGGGAGGACUUUCAGGAGUUUGCUGCAGAUGUUGCUCGGUUCGGAAACCUAUGCAGAGAUCCCAAAUGGCACAACUUGGGUCAGCAUUUCUCGAGGUUGGACUUUGAAUCAACACAUCAGAAAUACACGAAAGAAUCAGCAGAAUCUAGUAUGCAGUAUAUGAUGGCACUUGCAGAGAAGACUGUGCAACUGUACCACGGGAUGCGUCGAUUUGACAUCUCUGAGGAGAUGUACAAGAAAAGCUAUCAAGAGUGUAGGGAAGGAAAGGAUGACAAAUUCAAUUCAAUUCAGUCUCUUUUGAAUGCGGUGGAGAUGGAAAAAAAUUUCAUCAAGGAUUUGAAGAAGAAAACACUUUGGGUCAAGAAGAUGGAACAUAUUGUGGAGAAACUUGUUUGUGUUGUAUAUUUCUUGCGAUCAGAGAUCAACAGUGUCUUUUUUAAGGAACAAGAUGAAUCUGCGAAUGAAAAAGGGGUGAUUCAGCAAACUUUAGGGUCCGCCGAUCUUGCGCUGCAUUAUGCAAACAUCAUUUUCAAGAUAAAGAGUUUGGCAUCAUUAGUACCGUCAAUUCCAAAAAGCGGCGUUGAUUCAUUGUACCAAGCAUUACCUCCUUGCACCAGAUCAGCCCUACAAAUCAAGUUAAAAUGUAACCAGAUCAAAGAAAAGAGGACAGUAGAACAGCUCACAUAUGACAUGAACACGACACUGAAAUGGCUCUUGCCAAUGGCAGAAUCCACGAUAAGGGUGGGGAGUCGGAUGCUUGGCGAAUGGCAGGACAAAAGGGUGCUAAACGGAAACGGUGGCGGCAGGGUGCUCAAGAUUCAGACACUGUGCCAUGCUGACAAAGAGAAGACUGAACAGUACAUUCUGGACAUGGUGCUGGCUCUCCAUCAUCUCGUACGCACAACCCGUGCUAGGCUCGACAAGUUCUUCGACAACACUUCUGAUCGAUCAGAGAUGCAGAGGGAGACCGAUUUAGGUAGCUCCAGCGAUGGUGGGUUGGCGAGCCCUAGUUUUCGUGGGAGGCAUAGCCCACAUGUUCCACUAUCAAUGACGACGAUACAGAACAGUAUAAGACAUUAA